GAUUAGAGUUUUAAAACUUGAUCUAAUUGGGGUUUAAUUGUGGUGUAGUUUCGUGCGAGUCAUCAGAACACCUUAGUCUCUAGAGAGCUGAGACAGAGAGGUAGAGACGAGAGUCGAGACCAUCAGACCAAGUUCUUCUGGGUAAGGUCUUGAUUUCUUGUGUUCUUUUUUCUGCGUUCGUGGUGCCAAUAUAGACAUGCAUGCAUAGUACUAACUAGUUUUGUAUGUUGUUCAUUUGUUUUUUUUAGUUUUUAUAGACUUGGUUUAAUUCGAUCUUGGAGGAUUGAAGAUCAAGGGACUAGUCGACUAACGACUGCGUGCUCGACAUUCUUCACAAGACUCGUUAAGUUGUUCAGAAGGUAAUUUCUCUAGGGUCUUGGUGUUGUUUUUUUUUUGGUUUAGUGGUGUUUGAAGAGACAUGCAUGGAUGGAGAGUUCUAACUAAAUUUUGUUCUUGUUGUUUGUUCUUGUCCACUUGUUUUUGGUGUCUCUAGCGAACUUUGGAGUAGAUCCUCAAGGACUGCAAAUCACUGACCAAAUACAGUCAACAAUCUACAAACUACAAAUAAUCUUAAGGUAGGUAAUCCACUUCUCCUUUCAUAACCUUGAUAUCUUGCUUGCAUAGUUGUGUAACUUGCUGAGUUGCUGUGACUCUUUACUUAUUUAUCGUAAGAAAAAGUUAGACUUACUAGGUCAGAUUCAUAAAUAUGUAACCUGUUUUGAAAUGGUAAUGGUAAUGCUAAGUGGUUUUGCGUGUCUUCUCAAUGUAAAACUGUUGAACACUAUAACUAUACUAUAGUAAGUAAAACUACAGACCGUUAACUAAUAAGUAUUCAAAUAACUUGAUUUUAUUCAAAUGGAAGGUGCAAACCCAAUGAAUGUGGUUCUUGUUCGUAAUGACAAUGUCCCUGCAAAUGGUGUCCAACCCGAACAACCUGCUCCCCUUGCCAAUAAUCUGGUUAAUGGUAAUGAGGAAGAACUAGAAGCACAACGUAAGUUAACCUCUAAUGUGUGGCCUCACUUCCAUAGUGUUAUGAUUAAUGGGAUAAUGAAAGCUAGGUGUAAGUAUUGUCGUAAACCCCUUGGUGGGAAAACAAGUAAUGGAACUUCACACCUGAGAAACCAUAUCAAAACAUGUAUCCAGAAGAGGAUACACGAUGGUUCUAAAAAAAUAUUGGCCCCAACUAUCAACCAAUGGAUAUCCUCAACUCUCUGCUUCUCAAUACAAUUAUGAGGUUUCUAUGAAGGAACUUUGUUCGAUGAUUCUGGUCAAUGAGUACCCCUUAGCCUUGUUGAUCAUGUGGGUUUCAAACAUUUUUGUUGUUCUCUUCAACCUCAAUUUCCUGUCCCUAGUAGAAAUACUGUCAUAAAGGAUAUUCUGGGUCUAUAUGGGGUUGGAAGGUCUAAAUAUAAGACCAUGAUUGAUGGUAAUUUGUGGAGGAUUUCAGUGACUACUGAUUUAUGGACUGCCACAAAUCAGAAAAUGGGGUAUAUGGCAGUAACUGGUCACUUUAUUAACAACUCUUGGAAGCUUCAUAACAUAAUGUUGAGGUUUAUGUAUGUUCUAGCCCCUCACACUAGUCAAAGACUAGCUGAUAGGUUGUUUGAUUUUCUUCUUGAUUGAAACAUUGAUGGUAAUUUGUCCUCAAUCACAUUGGACAACUUUACCACCAAUGAUUCAAUAUUUCAUAUGAGAAAUAAGCUUGUGAGCAGUGAUCUGUUGCUUGAUGGUAAACUGAUUCAUAUGAGGUGUUGAAUUCAUAUUCUGAACUUGAUUGUGAGGGAUGGUUUGGAUGCAAUCAAGGAUGCUAUCCAUUAGAUUAUGGAGAAUGUAGUUCACUGGAAUUAUACACCUAAGAGGGUUCAAACCUUGUUCGAAGUUGUUAAGUAACUAAAGUUGACCUUUGAGAAAAAAAUUGGUACUUGAUUGUCCAACUAGAUGGAAUUCCACAUACCAUUUGCUCUAUGUUGCUCUUCAAUAUAAGUGAUACAAUCAUCUCUGCCAAGUCAAUUUAGUUCAAAGACAAAGAAGAUGAGGGCUGAUGAGCGAUCAAGAUUCUACAAAGAAUCGAGGUUGAAUCUUCUUCAAGAGAGAGGGAAUGAUGCGAUAUCGACUAGCGCGAUAUUCAAUUCUCGUGGUCCCAAAAUGAAGGUUUGAAUUCAAUGAUUUAAGUAUCAACUGGGAGCAUUCUUGAUGGAGAAAAUGGAGAAUGCAUUAAGGAUCCGACCUACAACAUUUCUUGGAGCCCAAAACGUCCAUCAUUGCUACCCAAAUCGUCCAAGUAUGAAAAGGACAAGGAAAGACAUUGCUUAACCACUAAGGAGCUUCCUUAAGCAUUAAAACGUGUUUGGAGAUUACUUAGCUGCUAAGGAGCUUCCUUUGGUUAUAAAAAAGGGCUAUAGUCCUUAUUUAAGUAGUAUUAGGUUUCCUAGUUAGUUUGGGAUUUGUUUUCCUAUUCCUUUUAGAUUAGUUUAAUGUUUUUGUGACCUCUAUAAAUAGAGGGUGUAUGAUAAUGGUGUAUUUGCACAUUUUUUCAACCUUAGUUCUUAUCCGUUUGCGGCUCGUAGUCAUGCAUUUUUGGCCAAUUUUACGAUGGGUUGUGCUACUUUGUCACAUUUCAGGUCCCAGACAUCUAAGGGAAGGCUAGGCACGAGUUUCGGGGCUUUUGGAGGUCAUUCGAUUGAGCUGCGGUCAAAACAUGGGUUGCACUAAAGAAAAACACCAUCGUGUCUUAGACCCUGAUUUUCAUGCCGAGAGUAUGUUUUUGGAGACUGCUGAGAAGACCAAACCACGGGCACCACUGGAGUAAAACACGGCUGUGUCAAUAAGUGGGCACGACCGUGUUUUAGGCCGACGCGGGAGUGUUUUUAACACGUGGCGAGAACACGGACGAGCAAAAGAAAAACACGGUCGUGUCCUCGAUCGUGUUUUGCCAAGAAUCGGGCUUUUGAGGUAGAUUCAAACCAAACAAGAGGGAAUCAAGUUUUUGAGCAAAAAACAGAAUUUUAGAGAGAGAAAGUGCGAAGAACAAACCCUAAGGGCUAUUUGGAGUGGAUUUCUCACCAUUGAAGCCCAGAUUGCAUCCCCAGGAGUGAUGAUCGACAUCCCAUAGUAGAUUAUCCCCAUCUUUAUGAGUAUGACUGCUUUGAUUUCUGUUUUCCUCUCUCUCUCUCUGUCUCUCUAUGGAGUAGAACCCUCUCUUACUUGGGUAUGAAGAACCCUAGUUCCAUGUGUUAGGAAUCUUGAUUAAUGACUUUGGAUUGAUAUACUGUUUGAUUUUAAUCGAUUGAUGCAUGAUUCAUUGAGUUAAUUGAAGCCUGAACAUCUUUUCUUGAUUUCUGCUGCAACCUAAGAUAGAUAGAAUUUGAUUAAGUUGUUAGAGCUUCGUCGAUAGGUAGUUGUAGAUUGGUUAUACGAGAGUUAAUCGAUUUACUGCUUUGUACUGGUGUCCAAUUCCAGUAGUGAAGUUCUGCGUUUAUUGCCUCAACAGUCUAUCCCGAAAUAGAGGGUGUAUGAUAAUGGUGUAUUUGCAAAUUUAUGCACCCGUAGUUCUUAUCCGUUUGCGGCUCGUAGUCGUGCGGCUCGUAGUCGUGCAAUUUUGGCCAAUUUUACGAUGGGUUGUGCUACUUUGUCACAUUUCAGGUCGCAGACAUCGAAGGGAAGGCUAGGCACGAGUUUCGAGGCUUUUGGAGGUCAUUCGGUCGAGCUAAGGUCAAAACAUGGGCUGCACUAAAGAAAAACACGGUCGUGUCUCAGACCGUACUUUUCAUGCCGAGAGUGUGUUUUUGGAGACUGCUGAGAACACCAAACCACGGGCACCACUAGAGUAAAACACGGAUGUGUCAAUAAGUGGGCAUGACCGUGUUUUAGGACGACGCAAGCGUGUUUUCAAAAAGUGGCAAGAUCACGGACGGGCAAAAGAAAAACACGGUCGUGUCCUCGAUCAUGUGUUGCCAAGAAUCGGGCUUUUGAGGCAGAUUCAAACCAAAGGACAGGGAAUCGAGUUUUUGAGCAAAAAACAGAGUUUUAGAGAGAGAAAGUGCGAAGAAAAAACCCUAAGAGCUAUUUGGAGUGGAUUUAUCACCAUUGAAGCCCAUAUUGCAUCCCCAGGAGUGAAGAUCAACAUCCCAGAACAGAUUAUCCCCAUCUUUAUGAGUAUGACUGCUUUGAUUUCUGUUUUCCUCUCUCUCUCUCUCUCUCUAUGGAGUAGAACCCUCUCUUACUUGGGUAUGAAGAACCCUAGUUCCAUGUGUUAGGAAUCUUGAUUAAUGACUUUGGAUUGAUAUACUGUUUGAUUUUAAUCGAUUGAUGCAUGAUUCAUUGAGUUAAUUGAAGCCUGAACAUCUUUUCUUGAUUUCUGCUGCAACCUAAGAUAGAUAGAAUCUGAUUAGGUUGUUAGAGGUUCAUCAAUCGGUAGUUGUAGAUUGGUUAUACGAGAGUUAGUUGAUUUAAUGCUUUGUACCUGAUGUGCAAUUCCAGUAGUGAAGUUCUGCGUUUAUUGCCUCAACAGUCUAUCCCGAAAUAGAGGGUGUAUGAUAAUGGUGUAUUUGCACAUUUUUGCACCCCUAGUUCUUAUCCAUUUGCGGCUCGUAGUCAUGCAUUUUUGGUCGAUUUUACGAUGGGUUGUGCUACUUUGUCACAUUUCACAUCCCAGACAUCGAAGGGAAGGCUAGGCACGAGUUUCGGGGCUUUUGGAGGUCAUUCGGUCGAGCUGAGGUCAAAACAUGGGUUGCACUAAAGAAAAACACGGUCGUGUCUCAGACCGUGCUUUUCAUGCCGAGAGUGUGUUUUUGGAGACUGCUGAGAGGACCAAACCACGGGCACCACUGGAGUAAAACACGGAUGUGUCAAUAAGUGGGCACGACCGUGUUAUAGGACGACGUGGGCGUGUUUUUAAAAAGUGGCGAGAACAUGGACGGGCAAAAGAAAAACACUGUCGUGUCCUCGAUCGUGUUUUGCCAAGAAUCGGGCUUUUGAGGCAGAUUCAAACCAAAGGAGAGGGAAUCGAGUUUUUGAGCGAAAAACAGAGUUUUAGAGAGAGAAAGUGCAAAGAACAAACCCUAAGAGCUAUUUGCAGUGGAUUUAUCACCAUUGAAACCCAGAUUGCAUCCCCAGGAGUGAAGAUCGACAUCCUAGAGCAGAUUAUCCCCAUCUUUAUGAGUAUGACUGCUCUGAUUUCUGUUUUCCUCUUUCUCUCUCAAUGGAGUAGAACCCUCUCUUACUUGGGUAUGAAGAACCCUAGUUCCUUGUGUUAGGAAUCUUGAUUUAUGACUUUGGAUUGAUAUACUGUUUGAUUUUAAUCGAUUGAUGCAUGAUUCAUUGAGUUAAUUGAAGCCUGAACAUCUUUUCUUGAUUUCUGCUGCAACCUAAGAUAGAUAUAAUAUGAUUAGGUUGUUAGAGCUUGAUCAUUCGGUAGUUGUAGAUUGGUUAUACGAGAGUUAAUCGAUUUACUGCUUUGUACUGGUGUCCAAUUCUAGUAGUGAAGUUCUGCGUUUAUUGCCUCAAUAGUCUUUUUGCACCCUUAGUUCUUAUCUGUUUGCGGUUUGUUGUCGUGCAUUUUUGGUCUAUUUUACGAUGGGUUGUGCUACUUUGUCACAUUUCAGGUCCCAGACGUCGAAGGGAAGGCUAGUAAUGAGUUUCGAGGCUUUUGGAGGUCAUUCGGUCGAGCUGAGGUCAAAACAUGGGUUGCACUAAACAAAAACACGGUCGUGUCUCAGACCGUGCUUUUCAUGCCGAGAGUGUGUUUUUGGAGGCUGCUGAGAAGACCAAAACACGGGCACCACUGGAGUAAAACACGACCGUGUCAAUAAGUGGGCACGACCGUGUUUUAGGCCGGCACGGGCGUGUUUUUAACACGUGGCGAGAACACGGACGAGCAAAAGAAAAAGACAGUCGUGUCCUCGAUCGUGUUUUGCCCAUAAUCGGGCUUUUGAGGCAGAUUCAAGUCAGGAGCGGGAAUUGAGUUUUUGAGCAAAAAAUAGAGUUUUAGAGAGAGAAAGUGCGAAGAACAAACCCUAGGAGCUAUUUGGAGUAGAUUUCUCACCAUUGAAGCCCAAAUUGUAUCCCCAGGAGUGAAGAUUGACAUCCCAUAGCAGAUUAUCCCCAUCUUUAUGAGUAUGACUGCUCUGAUUUCUAUUUUCCUCUCUCUCUAUGGAGUAGAACCCUCUCUCACUUGGGUAUGAAGAACCCUAGUUCUAUGUGUUAGGAAUCUUCAUUGUAAUGAAUUUGGAUUGAUAUACUGUUUGAUUUUAAUCGAUUGAUGCAUGAUUCAUUGAGUCAAUUGAAGCUUGAUCAAAUUUUCUUGAUUUCUGCUGCAACCUAAGAUAGAUAGAAUCUGAUUAGGUUAUUAGAGCUUCAUCAAUCGGUAGUGGUAGAUUGGUUAUACGAGAGUUAAUCGAUUUACUUCUUUGUACUAGUGUGCGAUUCUAGUAGUGGAGUUCUACGUUUAUUGCCUCAACAGUCUAUCCCGGUGAAGGCUAGUCGCCUGCCGGUUAGUCUGCCUGAGAGGGCUUGGUCAGCUUAAGAGAAUCCAAGCUACUGUCGGAUCUUCCGUAGUUAAAUCAACAGUUAAUCAACCCAGGUUAAUUACAACCUUGACCUAACUAAGGAGCUAGGGGGACUCAUUCCCGAGUGACUCUUCCUUUGCUAAAGAACUUUGAACCAUUUCCUGCUUUCUUACUGCUUCUACUUAAAAUCCCAAUCACUUGACUUAGUUUGCUAGAUAAUAGAUAAUCACGGAGUAGGCAGUAGAUCUAGACCCCGGGUUGACAAAUAGAACUUGCAACUAUUCUGCUUUUCCGGACUGCGAUUGCGCUUGGUCGCAGUUUGGUGUUGUGUUUUAGCGUGUCAAGUUUUUGGCGUCGUUGCCGGGGAUACUUCAUGGUUAAUGUGGAAAUGUGAAAGUUUGUUACUCUAGCUUUUUCGUACUGUAUUUUCUCUCUUCCACCUUUGUGCCUUCAGAGGUUAUGUUUGCAUUCUGUGUGUAGGUAGUGCAUGACUCGUAGCCAGUCGGGAGACUUACUGUCACUAGACCAAGUGCUUGAACGGACUUGCAGGAACUUCAAGCGGGCUUUAAAGGCGCGACUGGCUGCGGAGGAGGCUCUAGCACAACUGCAAAUCACCAAGCAGGAAGACAUGGGUGAUCCUCACAACAAUGACGUGGUUGUCCCCGAUGAGCACACCACGGGGUAUUACUGGACCGCCAGAGCCGCAGACAUUAGGUUGCCCAUCCAGCACCCUCAAGUUCCAGCAAAUAACUUUGAGGUGAGCACCUCUGACAUCACCAUGCUGCGCGGCUCGGUGGUAUUCCAUGGCAAGGAGGGGGAGUGACCCAGAUCACACCUGAGGCGAUUCCACGAGCUCAUCGAUAGGAUCAAGAUAAAUGGGAUCCCAGUCG